AUGGCUUGUCCCGCUCUCGGUCUGGAAGCCCUGCAGCCCCUGCAGCCCGAGCCGCCCCCCGAGCCCGCCUUCUCCGAGGCGCAGAAGUGGAUCGAGCAAGUAACCGGCAGGAGCUUUGGUGACAAAGAUUUCCGGACAGGGUUAGAAAACGGAAUCCUUCUCUGCGAGUUGCUGAAUGCCAUAAAGCCAGGACUUGUUAAAAAGAUCAAUAGAUUGCCUACCCCCAUUGCAGGAUUGGACAAUAUCAUCUUAUUUUUGAGAGGUUGUAAAGAGCUCGGCCUUAAAGAAUCUCAACUUUUUGACCCUAGUGACCUUCAGGAUACAUCCAACAGGGUAGCAGUAAAGAGCCUUGAUUAUAGUAGGAAACUGAAAAAUGUGUUAGUUACCAUUUACUGGCUGGGAAAGGCAGCAAAUAGCAGUGCAUCCUACAGCGGGACGACGCUGAACUUGAAGGAGUUCGAAGGCUUGCUGGCUCAGAUGCGAAAGGAGACUGAUGACAUCGAGAGUCCUAAGCGGAGUAUCCGAGACAGCGGUUACAUCGACUGCUGGGAUUCCGAGCGCAGCGACUCCCUGUCCCCCCCUCGACACGGCCGCGAUGACUCCUUCGACAGCCUGGACUCCUUCGGCUCCCGCUCCCGGCAGACGCCGUCCCCAGAUGUAGUCCUCAGGGGGAGCAGCGAUGGGAGAGGAAGCGACUCCGAAUCUGACCUGCCGCAUCGGAAGCUGCCGGAUGUGAAGAAGGAUGACAUGUCUGCCAGGCGGACUUCUCACGGUGAGCCGAAAUCAGCAGUGCCUUUUAACCAGUACCUCCCGAACAAAAGCAACCAGACGGCCUACGUCCCCGCGCCCCUGAGGAAGAAGAAGGCAGAGCGAGAGGAGUACCGGAAGAGCUGGAGCACCGCCACCUCCCCGCUGGGUGGGGAGAGGCCCUUCAGAUACGGUCCGAGAACUCCUGUGUCUGAUGACGCAGAGAGCACGAGUAUGUUUGACAUGCGGUGCGAGGAGGAGGCUGCAGUGCAGCCGCACAGCAGGGCCCGCCAGGAGCAGCUGCAGCUGAUAAACAGCCAGCUGCGGGAGGAGGACGACAAAUGGCAAGAUGACCUGGCUCGGUGGAAGAGCCGAAGAAGAAGUGCUUCUCAGGACUUAAUCAAGAAAGAGGAAGAAAGGAAAAAAAUGGAGAAAUUGAUGGCGGGAGAGGAUGGGACCAGUGACCGGAGGAAAAGCAUCAAGACCUACAGAGAAAUUGUUCAAGAGAAAGAGCGGAGAGAGCGGGAGCUGCAUGAGGCGUACAAGAACGCGCGCUCCCAGGAGGAGGCCGAGGGCAUCCUGCAGCAGUACAUUGAGAGGUUCACCAUCAGCGAGGCCGUUCUGGAACGCCUGGAGAUGCCAAAAAUCCUGGAAAGAAGCCAUUCCACGGAGCCAAACUUCUCCCCCUUCCCGCACGACCCCAACCCCAUGAAAUACCUGCGGCAGCAGUCACUGCCUCCACCCAAGUUCACUGCCACUGUGGAAACCACCAUCGCGCGUACCAGCAUUCUGGAGGCCAGCAUGUCGGGAGGCGGCGGGUCUCCAAGCAAAACUGUCGCUCCCAAAGCAGUGCCUAUGCUGACACCCAAGCCUUACUCCCAGCCCAAAAACUCUCAAGAGGUUCUGAAGACCUUUAAGGUCGAUGGGAAAGUCAGCAUGAAUGGAGAGACAGUUCACGGUGAUGAGGUGGAGAAGGAAAGUGAGUGUCCCACGGACGCACUCGUGCCCUCAUUAACCAAAUCCCAGAUGUUCGAAGGUGUGGCCAGAGUGCACGGGUCCCCCGUGGCUCUGAAACAAGGCAGCAACAGCAUCGAGAUCAGCAUACAGAAGCCAAGUUCUGUUCCCCAAGAUCCGACGGCAACCACUGAGGAAAUGGAACCAAACAGCCAGGCAGACGAGAAAGAUGGCGAAAACCUAAAAGAAGGAAAUACAGAACUUGCCUCAUCAGAGCCACAGCAUUUUACAACGACUGUGACUCGGUCCGGCCCCACCGUGGCCUCGGUGGAGUUCCCCUCCAGCCCCACGCUGAGGAGCGAUGUGCCAGAAGAGAGAGACCAGAAGAAACCGGAAAACGAAAUGAGUGGGAAGGUGGAGUUGGUGCUGUCACAAAAGGUGGGAAAGCCAAAGUCUCCAGAACCAGAAGCAACCCUGACAUAUCCAUUUCUGGACAAAAUGCCUGAAACCAACCAGUUACAUUUGCCAAAUUUCAAUUCUCAAGGGGAUUCUCCCAGCAGUGAGAAGUCACCUGCAACUACACCUUUCAAGUUCUGGGCCUGGGACCCGGAAGAGGAGCGCAGGCGACAGGAGAAAUGGCAGCAGGAGCAGGAGCGUCUGCUCCAGGAGAGAUACCAGAAAGAGCAGGACAAGCUGAAAGAAGAGUGGGAAAAGGCCCAAAAGGAGGUGGAAGAGGAAGAGCGCAGAUACUAUGAGGAGGAGCGCAAAAUAAUUGAAGACACUGUGGUUCCAUUUACUAUUUCUUCAAGUUCUGCAGACCAGCUGUCCACAUCCUCCUCUGUGACUGAAGGCAGUGGAGCAGUGAGUAAGAUGGAUCUGGAAAACUGUCAUGAAGAAGAGCAAGAGACAAGACAGAAGACACCAUUCCCGGGGGGCAACAAUGGCUUGUUGCUGGAGCCUAGAGAAAGCGGUCCCCCAGAGGAAAAGGGCAGACUUAUUCAAGGGGCCUUGGCUGAUUCUGAGAACCCUGGGUCAAAAGGAACCCAUCCAAAUGACCAGCUGGAUACAGGAGCUGGGGCCCCACACUGUGGGGUGAACGCACAGCUAACUCAGGGUCCAUCCCAGAAUCAGCAGGUGCCAAACCUGCCAAUGAACACGUUAGAAGAUGUGAAGCCAAAAACCCUCCCAUUGGAUAACAGCAUUAACCAUCAGCUUGAGUCCCCGAGUGAAAGGCGGAAGUCUAUAAGUGGAAAGAAGCUUUGCUCAUCCUGUGGCCUUCCGUUGGGGAAAGGAGCUGCGAUGAUCAUUGAGACCCUCAAUCUCUAUUUUCACAUCCAGUGCUUCAGGUGUGGAAUUUGUAAAGGACAGCUUGGAGAUGCAAUGAGUGGGACGGAUGUUAGGAUUCGAAAUGGUCUUCUAAACUGUAAUGAUUGCUACAUGCGAUCCAGAAGUGCUGGCCAACCCACAACCUUGUGA